AUGGAAGCACGUUUGAACUCUACCGAUGAAGAUCUAAAAUCUUCCACUGGCAACUUACAAAACAAAGUUGAAGAGCUUAAUACAAGUUUUGCAGGCCAGGUGAAUAACGGGCUCAAUAACUUGGAGAAAACGGUGAACUCAACGAAGGACGAAUUAGCUUCAAGGAUUGCAAGUGCAGACCUUUGGCUCAACAGCACCACCGAAAGACUUGAUCAAGAAGACGUCAGCAUAAAAUCCCUUAUUAACGACAUCAACGCAACUUUGUCUUUGAAGGUAGAGAAUGUGAGUAAGCUACAGGGCCCCGUUGGACCACGCGGUUUUAACGGCUCUCAAGGACCGGUUGGACCAGCCGGACCUCAGGGAUUCAAUGGAACACAGGGUCCCCAGGGGGUGAUAGGUCCACAGGGUUCUAACGAAUCACAAGGGUCACUGGGAUCAGAUGGACUCCAAGGAGCCGCGGGACCCUCAGGACCCCCUGGAGAAGGAGACUUUUCACAAUGUGAGUUCAUGACUAGCACGGACACAGGAUCCCAGACUGCUUUCCAAGGCAACACUCUUCCAGCUGCAACUAAAGUCAUCCUAACUGAACCAACUGAUAAAAGAAUAGUUGGUGUCACAUGCUCAACAGACUUCGCCCAACUGUAUAUCUUGGAAGCUGAGAUUGCUCCAUCUACAAACAACCAAGUGUACCGCUGUGAGUGCUAUGGAAAUCAAGGAAGUGUUGGGACAAUCAAAAGUAUUCAAUGCUUUAUGCAUUAUUGGUUAUGUCCCUUAACAACAUAA